GUGGGAUGGUCAAGAAGAACGUAGGGCAGACCCUCUAAACUUGACGAACUGCUUACCGAUCUAUCCCUUGUUACUCCUGUCAGGUUGGUUAGCAAAAAGAGGUGAAGAUACCGGACGCUGAUGAAAUCGAGCGUGGCCCGGUGGGAAACUCGGCCCGAGGUAAUGAAGGUGGCUGCUGGAGCAGGAGGAGACUGGGCUAAGUUCAAGGCAGAAAUGCAGAGGCGGUUCAAGUUAGGGGAUGACUUGUUAACGAAGACAGAUUUGGAGAUGUUACAGCGGGACGAGUUCUCCACGGUGGGAGCUUUCGCAACGACAUUUGAGAAGGCCAAGAAAGUCCCCGGAUUGGCGGAAGAAGAACAAUGUGGAGGAAACGAGGGUUGGACGGCAUCCGGGAGUCAAGGCGGUCAAGAGGGGGGAAGAGGUGCUGGCAGAGGGAGAGUGGACUGGAGAAACGCCAUUUGCUGGCAUUGUUGGCAGAAAGGCCAUACUAUUAAGUUCUGCCACGUCAGGAGGAACGACAAGGACGAAGGCUUAAUUAGCACCAACUAUGAUGGAGACAUGUACGACAAGUGGGGGUACCACCUUGACCCGAAGAUUCCAGGCGGUACGAGGAAGGAAGCCCUGCGAAGGGCUGAGGCCGGUGAGCCACCCGCACCUCCAGCCAUGUUUCGGAUAUGGCAAGAGAAAGAGGUCCGUAGUGACGUCAAGGUGGAGGAGGUAGGAGAGAAUGCAGAGGUGGAGCAAGAAAAGAAGGCAGGCACCACUAAGAUAGAACUGAUCACAGUGGAGUCCGACGAUGAGAUUGAGGAAGAUUGCUGGAACAGGCCGCUGCAUGCUGAGACAGGGGAAGAUUAUUGGAGAACGGCCCGACAAACAAUGGAGAGAAUAGAGGACCUGAUAGACAAAGUCGAGAGAUACCAACAGAAGCUGGCUGAUAUGUGCGAAGAAGUCAAGGGGUGGCAAGGUAAGGAGCCAUCGGUAUACCUCUACGACUUAGGUCCGGGGUCGCAAGGAGGGUCCGGGAAUCUACCAAACGUCACGACCUCAAGAGCGACGCCUCGAUACGGAAUGACCUUUAGACCACCCUCCAGGAUGGGGAGGGCGCCUCAUGUCGUUAGGACAAGGGCUAAAGGGUCAGUGAGUCCCGAAGAACCAGCCAAGGAUGUUCCUGAACCUAGUGGAGAGAAAGAGGUAGUGGACGUUCCAGAAGGAGAGGAUGACGAAGAUGAUAGGUUGAGGAAGGAAGAGGAUGAGAGGGCCGAGCAAAGGGCCAAGAAGAGGGGUGCCAGGCCUGAUACAGACAAGGCACAAGAAGUAAAGAAGAAGAAGUACGUUGUCCGAGUGGAAGAAGGUUUCGAUGUGAAAAAGAUAAUGGACAGAAUCCUAGAGGGUCAUAAUCACCUUAUGAACCUGAAGGACGUACUAGCCUCAGCGCCUAGACUUAGGGAUGAGUUCAGAGCAAGACUAUUCAGGAAGAUGGUAGCCAGCAUACGAUUGGGGACUAUAAUCCCUAAGGAGGCGGAGUGGGUUGAAACGGGUACUAAGAUGGAGUGGAAGUCUGUCGCCUGUGGCUGCCUUGACGUUGUGGUAAGAGGGAAGACAUGCACCCCAAUGGUGGACAGUGGAGCGAAAAUGAACCUCAUAAAGGAGAAACAUGCCGUACGGCUGGGAAUGGAGAUAGCUUGCUCCGACAACGGGGUUUUGAUGGGGACCAAUAGCCGAUCGAUAUUCAUUGGGACCGCGUCGUCAGUAAUAUUGGAAAUUGGAAAGGUGAAAGAUUUACAGCGCCUGAAUGCUGUGACGGUGAGGGACGCAGGGGGUCUCCCCAACGCUGAUGCGCAUUCGAAGGCAUGCGCUGGGAGGGCCAUCAUAUCACUCAUUGACUUGUAUUCAGGCUACGAUCAGUUCCCUGUAUACCCGUUUGACCGGCCUAUGACAGCCAUGCAUACCCCUCGAGGGCUGAUCCACACGAACGUCGCACCGCAGGGGUGGACGAAUGCGGUCGCUAUGGUCCAGCGACACAUGGUGAGGGCGAUGCAGCCCAUAAGUCCUCACAUCACGCAGCCCUACAUUGAUGAUCUAGCCGUAAAAGGGCCCAAAGAGAAGGACGAGCAGGAGGUGGUGCCACGGAUCAGGUGCUUUGGGUGGGAUCAUGUGCAAGACUUGUGCAAGGUCCUGGACCUCUUGAAGGAGCAUAACCUCACUGCCAGUAGACCAAAAUCGAGGCACUGCAUGAGUGGUGCCACUAUCUUAGGAUUUGUGUGCGACGAGAGGGGUCGUCGGCCAGAUACUAAGAAGACUAACAAAAUUCUCGACUGGCCAACACCAUUCCAGACUAUCACGGAGGUGAGAAGUUUUCUGGGCACGUGUGGGUUUUGGAGGAUCUUUAUUAAGGGAUUUGCGACAAAAACUGAACAGUUGAGGAAACUUGUGCGUCAAGGACAAGAUUGGGAGUGGGGAGACCAGCAAGAAUCGGUGAUAGAAGGCCUGAAGAAAGAGUUCGAGGAAGGAGGUCUAGUACGGGGGGUACCGGACCAUGCGGCGGUGAUGACCAGACCGUUUAUUGUGGAGACGGAUGUAGGGCCGACUGCGUUAGGAGGAGUGUUGAUCCAGCGAGACCCCAACGGAGAAGAGCGACCAUUAAGAUUCGAGAGUCGGACGCUUAAUACGUCUGAGAGGAACUACUCUCAGUUCAAGCGCGAAACCUUGGCAGUUCUUCACUGUUUGAGGAUCUUCAGAAACUACCUCUUCGGCAGCAGGUUCGUACUAAGGGUGGACGCUACGGCAUUGGCUGGUUCCCUAAAAAACUUUGCUCCUUCAGAUCCAACUAUCGCUAGGUGGCUGACCUACAUCUGGAUGUUCGACUUCGAGUUGGAGCGAAUUCCAGGGAACAAGAACAGGGCGAACGGGCUGAGUCGAGUCGACUGGGACAAAAACCAUCAGGGAGUGAUCGAGGAUACUCCACCAGUCGACGAAUUUUUGGACAGCGAGGACGAUGUGAGACUUCACAUCAACUCCUGGGCAUUGGCCGUGGGUAAGUACGUUACUCCUGGGCGACCUAUAUGGCUUGCGUCUCCGGGACAUGUACGACGACCAGACUUGGUCCUCAAACCCUAUAUUGAAGAAGAUUCUUGGGGAAUGUCGGGCGUAGGUUGGAUGAUGGAGCUGGCCUUAGCAGGCAAGUAUGAGCUGCAGGAAGACCCGCUUACAAUUGAAAAUGGGGCGCUACAUGUGGGUAAGCACGAGAAGAUGAUAGGUGGGGUGUACCUGCUGGCAAAUGCGCUGCUUCAGGAAGAGACAGUCAGAAAUACGGUACUAAACCAGGAAGAGGAGAUAGAGCCGGGAGGAGGUGACAACGUGAUCCACGAGAGAAAAGAUGGUGACUUCGAAGAGUGGGAGAUCAAGGAAGCGUUUCGAGCAGAGGAGUAUGAGGGGGUAUACCUUGAACUCGGCAUGCUUCUUUCGUGCGAGAUGAGGGAAAGGGACGCCUACGCGCAAGUUCUGAAGAUGAGGCCUAGUUUCCUGGUGAGGGAUGACCAUCUGUUCAUGAGGAGCAAAGGAAGGGACCCCAGGAGAGUAGUCUGUGGCGUCGCUCGCCAGAUCAACAUUAUGGCGGCACUGCACGACGGUAUGGCAGGUGGCCACAGAGGUGCGGAUAUGACAUACCUGAAGAUCCACGAGUUGUACUAUUGGGAUGGCAUGGAGCAGAUGAUUGAUGACUAUUGUAAGUCUUGCGUGCCAUGCCAGGAACGGUCUUCUCUCAGACCCAGGGAGCCGCUGCACCCAAGGUACGUUCGUGAGGUUGGAGCAGUCGUGCACUUGGAUCUAUUGGCAAUGCCGUUGGGGAUAGGGAACUGCAAUUUCAUCUUUGAUGCACGGGACAACCUCUCGGGUUUUGUGGAUGGCAGAGCCAUUCGCACGAAGACUGGAGAGACAUUGGCCCGAUGCAUCGAAGAGUACUAUUUUCGCUACCCCUUUGUGUCCAGAUUCGUGAUGGAUAGAGGGUCUGAGUUCACAUGUAAAGAAGUGAAGGCUCUUUUGAAGAAGUAUGGGGACCUCGAGACUGAUCUGACCUUUGAGGAACUGCUGGAUUUGAGGGCACGACAGAUCGGCGUUAUUGAGGACAGGAUUGAGGAGGCAGCAAGUAGAACCGUGGACAGCCGUACCAAGGACAAGUUCCGGUGGGACAAGAUGGCGAGGCUAAGAAAGGAGCCUCUCAAGGCGGAAGACGUUGUGUUGUUGUAUGACUCGUCCCUGGAAAAGCAGUGGUCGCGGAAGUUGGAUAAGAGGUGGUUGGGGCCUUACAGGGUCACCAGAUGUGGUGAACAUGGUGCCUACCAAAUCGAAGAGUUGAAUGGGACGGCAUGGAAGGACUGGGUGUCAGGCUCGAGGCUAAAAAAGUUUGUGGCUCGGGACGAGGGGCCGCAAGUGCAGGAACAGAGAGUGGAAUCGUCUGCUGAUGAAAAGGAGCUGGACAGAAAAGAGAGGGCAGCAAGGGAGCUGGAGAUCAGGCCUCAGCUCCGAAUGAAGAACCUUGCAGAGUUGCAUGAGAAGAUGCAGCAAGGGAAGGCGUCUGAGGAGGUAGAGGACAAAAAAGGAAAGGGUAUCUGCACUCAGGAGGAGGACCCUCCUCUGUUCUCAGAGGUCUGGAUGGGGUUCGACAAGCUAUUGGAUGCCGCAGGGAGGUCAGGAGGUCAACAUCAGGAGAUGGGGGUUAAGUUGGUCUCUACAGACCUGCUCAACCUUAGGAGCGUGGUGAGAGAAGGCUUCGCCGCAGCAAGGAACUCAGAUCAGAAGAUUGGGGACAGGCUGACAAAGGUGGCACAAGAGGCUUAUGGCCAGAGGGUGGACUGGGAGAGAAAGGUUGGGGACCUGAAGAGAGAACUAGACAGACAGGGCAAAGAGUUGGCAGCAGUAAAGGCAGACAUGGAGAGAGUCUCAACAGAGAAUGAGGCCGUCAGACAAGUCAAUCAGACCCUUAACAAGGUCACUGACGCUCUGAGGGUCUAUUUGUGUGCACAACUGACCUUCUUCCAGGUUAAGGAGACUGAGUGGGAGAAAAGAAUUCGAGACCUCGAAGCCAAGUAUACCCAGCAAGCUCCCACAAGAGUGGUGGAUUGGACAGAGGUCCAAAAGUUUGAAAUCAGGGGACAACCUGCAGAGGAGGUCUUCAAGAAGGAAAAGGAAGUAGAGAUGGCGGACCAGCAGGAGGGUGAGGAGAUCCCUCUGAUCGACAAAGAGAUGUUAGAGCAGCCAGGAGUGCUUGUGGAAAAGGGUGCCGAGUUCGGAGAGUUUGAGUGGAGGUUACCUGCUGGCCUGACACUGGGACACGAGCCGGCAGUACCACAGGAGAGAGCACCAGUUGAGGCAAUGAGAGUUGGGGAGGUUCCACCUACUAUUCGGAAAGAGGCUGCGGGACAGCAGGAGGGUCAGGAAAGUGUGGGCCAGACCAUGGUUGGGACUGAGUAGAGAGUGGACCUGAGGGACUAUCAGGAGUCAACCAUGCUUCAAGAGGUGCCAGUUGCUACAGAUU